GGGACCCGGGAGGAACGGCAGGUACACUUCAAACUCUAUCGGCGGUUCGAAAUUCCCACUUUUUCCGUAGAGAUUCUUUUCUUCGUACUUGUUUACAGCGUCCUAGUUUCAGGAAUGGAUCAAAGCAGUGAGGGAUAUAUGAAAAAGAUUAGCAGUGUGAAUCUUGACAAACUUAUAAAUGACUUCUUACAAAUAGAAAAGAAAAUGAUAGAAACCAGUGGAAAGAACAAUAUACUAGAUAUUCAGUUGGAAAAGACUAACAACUUAUUAAAAGUAAUGCAAAUAAAGGAGGUCUCAAUGAAAGAAGAAUGUGCUACUCUUCAUAGUAUGAUAAAAGGGCUACAACAGACCAUUGAAUAUCAACACAAUUUGAAAGGUGAAAAUGAACAACUAAAAAGAAAUGCUGAUCUUAUAAAAGAGAAGUUAAAAUCUCAUGAACAGGAAUAUAAGAAUAAUAUUGCCAAACUUGUAAGUGAAAUGAAAAUCAAAGAAGAGGGAUAUAAGAUAGAAAUAAGCAAACUUUAUCAGGACAUGCAGAAAAAAGUUGAAUCAAAUGAAGAAAAGCACAAAGAAGUAAUAGAGAAAAAGGAAAUGGAAAUUUCAGAGUUAAAUGCAAAGUUAAGAACUCAAAAAAAGGAACAACAAAAUGAAAUAGUCAGGCUACAACUAGAGUUUGAUGCCAAACUAGCAAAAGUUCAGAUUAAAUCAAAAUCAUAUCUGGAUUCUACAGCUUUGCCACAAAGUAUCUACAGAAGGAAGCUUCAACAUUUUCAAGAAGAAAAAAACAAGGAGAUUGCAAUUCUUCGUAAUACCAUUCGUGAUUUAGAGCAGCGCCUUUCUACUGGCAAAGAUUCUCACUUUAAGCGAAGACGGUUUUGAGCAUAGCAGUAAAUUCAUUAGUUGCUAUUUAAUUUCUUUAAAAGCAAUUGAAAAAUUCACUUCCAUUUUCAAUAUAAGCAUACCACCUAUAUAAUAACACACAAAAACUACAGCUUUAGACUUUUUAAAAUUGAGUUUAUUUAGACAAAUCCAUACCUUAGCCACUUGUGUGCUACAUUCUUAA